GGCACGGUCGAAGUAUCGUAUAUACCGUUCCUCCUCGUGGGCAUUCCAAGCGGGAAUUCUCGAAAGCCAAGCCAGUUGUGUUGUAGAAACCGCGACGCGGCUUGCCACUCGCCGGUACUUUCGACCGGUCGUAAAGUCGACGUUUCGCGCUCGUGCUGCUUUCAGUAAUACGGAAUUUCGCCCGGAAAGCGGACGUGACCGUGUCGCGAACUAUUGGCAACCCAGCCGGAAGACCGACGACUCAUCGAUAAAAUUCUGGUCCGCCGAACGAGUCACAAUGGAUGUUGAGACCGGGGCCAUUCUGGCCCUGCAGAUAUUGGCUCUGUGCUCGAUAGUCGCGGCCCUGCUGGCCUACCUGAUGCGACAAUCCAGGAAUGCCGCCGACGAGUACGAGUCGCGUAACAAACGUCAUGUACUCGUUACCAGCUGUGAUACAUGCGUGGGCCUGCAGAUCGCCCUUGCACUCUACGAAGCCGGUUACAAGGUGUUCGCGGGCUUGCUGGACCCGGCGGGCGGUUCGCCGUCGGUCAAAAUCCUCAAGGCGGUCGAACUGGAGCGGCGGAAAGACAACGAGCCCGGCGACGCGAACGACGGUAAUCUACAGCAAGCGGAAGGAGCGCGAGCUCGCGGCCAAAUCGUGCCAUUGGAGCUGGACCCGACGAGGGAGGACAGUCUGCGUGCCUGCUUGGACGCCGUCCGGGCGAAACUUCCUGCCGGCGAAGAUGGUCUCUGGGCAGUCGUGCAUACCGGCGGCUUGGUCUUGCCCGGCGUCAUAGAGAAGCAAACCAGUUCAAUGUGGGAAUCCAUGCUGCGGCAUAAUCUGGUGGCCCCGCUGAGGACAGCCAGAGUAUUCAUCCCUCUCUUGCGCAUUAAGAGAGGCCGCAUCGUCCUUUUGGGUGAUUCCGAGACGAGCUACGGCAGCAAGGCGGGCUCCGGACUGGUGGCGUUCAGCGCGUCCCGAAAAGCCGUGGAAGGUGCCGCCGAGGCGUUAAAAAGCGAAUUACAUUCCUCGGGUGUCGACGUCGUGCUUUUGAAACCGCCGCCCGUGAAUCCCCUUGUUCUUUAUGCAUCACCCGUUCUCAAGACAGUGGACGUGGAGUCGGGCGUAACAGCCUCGGAGGGGACGUGGACGGCGCCGCUAUCGAUUCAUUCCGUGCAGAACGCUCUCAUCCCCGCGAUCACAGCGUCAUGCCCUCCGAACGCUUACGAUAUGUCCGUCAAGCCGAGGAUCUUCUGCCGAUAACUACUUGCUCCGUGUCGCGUGAGAAUGGAUAAAAAUGUGCAAGAUGCGGCGCCGUUCGUGCGUGAGCACCAACUCGAGUCGAUGCGACAUGCGGCGAACGGGGACAAUGGAACACGGGAGAUGUGGUACACGCAUAUUGCGAUGUCACUUGCGCUGACGUGUCAUCCGGGUAUGCCCCAAGGCGUCAUAAUCGGGAUUCUUUUCUACGCGGUUCUUCGCGGCAGGCAGUGCUCCCUGCGUGAACGUAUGUUUCCUGGCCCUUUCAAGCGCGCUCGUCCCCGAGUUGCGAGUCGGUUUUGAAUCCACCUCUUUUGUCUUUCGUUUCUCAUCCGUUCUCUGUUGCGAUAUUUUGUUACGACAUUUCGUAUCGUCUCGAGGAGAGACGUUUGAUCAAACAGCCGGUAAUCUUCGUCGCUAAUAUCGCGCGGAAAGUGUCGCGUCCUGCUCUCCCCUUUGCUUCCAAGACAAUCUAAGGCAAGUGACAUCGGUCCAAUAAGCAGCUCUUGUAUCUACAAACUAUUCUGACAGGUUUAUCUCUUUUGCGACCAUGUGUUUAAUCGUGUUGCAAUGUUACGAAAAUCAUCUUUGAAAAAAGUGGAGAAUGCUACCAAGCAUGAAUAAGGAAAGAGAACUCCGACGAAAAUGUACGUAUGGUCGAGCGUGUAUUUUUUAUAUAUGUUUCUCUUUUGUGUAUUUGUAUAAAUAGUAGACUUGUAACAUUUAUGAUUACGAAUGCGUCAAUGUAAUACUUUGCGAAAGUACCUUUUGUACAUAAAACACAAUUGCAAUACGAAAUUUUUGCGGAUGAUCAAUUUUUGUGGAAAUAUGGUAUUGAGAACGUAAUGUGUGUACUAAAAACAAUUGUACCGAGUUGUAUUAAAAAUUAAUGUGUAUACAAUAUGUUUAUGUGGUUGCACUGAUAUAAUUUUAUGUAUAUACUUUGCCGAGAUAUGUAUGAACAAUAUGUACGGAAUAAUAUAGAAUAACUUCGUAUAUAUAUAUAUAUAUAUAUAUAUAUAUAAUAUUCUACUUCUCCAAAAUUUGAUUGUUUAUUGGUAAUGGGAAUAUUUAAAGUAUGAUUAUAACACGUUUGUAUGUUACUUUUAGUAUAAAAAUCAUUUUUGCACAGCGUGUAGCUUUAGCUUGUUUUAUACAAAACUUAUUUUUCACAAAAAAUGAAACAAAAAACAAACUGGCAAAUAUGAACUAUAACUUGAAUAUAAAUUAAACACAUUCAUUAGGAAAUAAUAAAUGGUUUUCGAGUAAAGUACUUGACGAAAAAAAAGUAUAAAACAGAGCGUGCGCAGUUGAUCGUAGAAGAUAGUCGAAUGUAUGUAUUUUGUACGAAUAAUAUAAUGAUUUUGUAAUUUUG